AUGUCCGAGUACCAAAUAUCCAGUGUGUACUUCUCGAAGAAGAACAAACUGUUGUUGCUGAUCUGUGUGUUUUUCUUCUCCUGCUCAACGCAUAUAUUUAAAAAUGUAUUUCCCUUUCUGUUUAUGCUGACUGGGGUGCACAACCAGAUCGACAUUGAGAAUGUGGCUCAUCAGGAGGGGAGGUUCCCCGAAAGGGAGGGGCAAGCGGUACAGACUGAUCCAUUUGGACAGUCCGCUGCAUUUUCUUUAGGUAAUAACCGACCUGUGACUGUGUCCCGGCAAGCGAUGAACGACCACACCUUCUUCGAAGCGAAAGCCCGAAAUAGUCACUCGAUUUAUCUAUACAGUAACAUCCUGUCGCUCAUUUACUGUAGCUCUCUAGUGACGUACAUCUUCAUCCUGAUAUUCGAUCUGGGAAAAAAGAAUUACGUCGUAAAUAGCUUCUACAUCGUUAACUUGGUCUCUCAUUUUAUCAUUUUUCUGCUUCUGAGUGAUAUUCAAAUGAGGAAUACAGAUUUGCGUGUAGUUACAAGCGGGGUGGACACGAGCAUGUCGAGGCUUUCCAUCCCCCUAGUUGGAAGGAUACCCAUGGGAAGGUACUCAGACGUGGAGAGAAAAGCUUCCCCAAAUGAUGGUCUUGCAAAACGGAGGGAUAUCAAUUUUUACUUUAAGAGGAAUCUCCAGGAUAGGCUGAACUCGGGGGAGUUCCUCAGCGUGGGGCUGUUUCAGGGGAGCGCCCUGCAGUUUAUCCUGGGUGGUGGAAGCGUGGGAAGCGGCGAAGAGGAUAACCAGAAUAAAGACAACAAGGAAGACAAAGACGAAGACCAAAACAACAGUGAUAGACGCCAAAACGGCAGUGACAGGGACGCAGCCCACACGUACGAAAGGAAGUACCUCAAUUUGCUGUACCUCUUUAUUAUCGUCAGCUCCAUAUGCAGUGGAUACAUCAAAAUAUACCAGAAAAAGAUAAUGUAUUGUAUCUUUUACGUGAACAUAGGACUCAUCACCUCGCUGCUGAUCCUAAUGAACAACCUCUGUAAGCUCUUCGCUCACUCGCUCAACUACGUCGUUACGAGUAGUAACUCCAACACGGACAUCAGCGAUUACAUAAUUCUCUUUCUAGUCAUCGAUAUGUUUGGCUUCUUAAUGAUUCUGAUCUUUACGUACAAGUGGUUCUAUCAGAAGAAACUGUGGGUGAACAUGCAUAGCAUCUUCUACAACUAUAAAUAUGUCUGCUUCUAUCACAAGGAGACUUACUAUCUCUAUUCCGUCGACAAAGACAUCGACAAUAUUCUGGUCCACAUCGAUAUGUGUGGAGAUGAAAAUAUCAAGAUUAGCUUUUGCGCCUACAUGAAUUUGAACAAGUCCAUUUUUUAUGAUUACUUUCGCCUGAACACGUUCAGAAAGAACAAACUUCGCAUUUUGGAAAUUCAAGACGAGAGUCUCGAGGUGAAGAGUACCUACAGGGUGAUGGACCCCCCAGGGGAAGUAGACACUCCGAGUGGGGAAUGUGGUCAUCGCAGCCAGAGGUCUCAAAGGGGCACACUUCCUGAACGUUCUGAAGGAGACCAACUUGGCACUCCAUCCUUCAGCAGGAAGAAGAAACACAGCUACACCAUGAAGCCGUACAAAAUAUGCAUAGAGCCUCUGAGCAGCUUGGCCAAUUUAGGCCCCAAGGGGGCGCAGGACCUAUGCGAAAAGGCAGCUCCAAAGAACCAGUUAGAGGCCAACCAGUUAGAGGCCAGCCAGUUUGCCUCCAACGGGAUGGCUUCCUACCGGCUGAGCGGGGAGAAAGCUGAGGCCGAGCAACAAAUGGACGCCGCUGAUCGGGACGAGGGGAACGUCCAAACAGAGAAGAUCGGGAAGAUUCCCAGCUGCGUAAAGAAGCAGAGGAGGAGGCUGGCCAAGGGGGACUCGGUGCACUUUCUGGACCAACCCGAGGAGGAAGCGGCCUACAAGGACCAAAAAGAGGACCUCCACCUACCCCAUGAUCGGAGUAUCACGGAAGGACCGCACGGGGGUGUAGAAGUGAACGUAGCGGAGGAAGCGAAGGAAGCGAAGGAAGCGAAGGAAGCGGAGGAAGCCGACCGAGUGGACGAAGCGAACGAUGUAGAGGGUGCCAAACUCUCCAGGGAAGAAGAAGUGGACCCCCAGGAAAGGGAAGAACAGAAAAGGAAUGUUUUAUUAAUCCCAAACUGCGAUGAAGAGUGCAACAGGAAUGUAGACUACUACGACGAGUGGGGGGUGUGCGACGACAGGCAUGGAAGGGACGAUAGAGACAACGCAGGAGCAUUCUUCCUCAGUAGAGACGAUGAAAGCAACGGCGAAGUGAAAAACACAAUUCUGAAUAUCUACCAAGGGAUAAAACAAUUCAGCUCCUCCUUCACAUUUUAUUUUCUCUUCUUCAUCUUUAUCUAUGCUUUUCUCAUAUCCAUUAUGCACAUUUUUAUUAACUACUUUUUUUACAUUUACCUGUUUGUGUUUAAUAUUAACAUUUAUGUGUCCAAUGUGUAUACCAUCAUCAUGACGUCCGUUUCACUUAUCGCCAUUCCUUUUUCUGGCUACAUCGUGGACAACAUAGGAUCGUUUCUGUCCCUCCUUCUUUGCUCUUCCUCCUUCAUCUUGGUGGCCAUAUCGGGGUCCAUAUACUGCUACAAGUUUAACCUGAAUUCGGAACCCCUCGCCUUUCUCUUCUUCAACCUCAUAGGCAUCAGCGAGUCUAUCAUCCCCACGGUUAUCAUUUCGCAGAUCCCCACUCAUCUGUGCGUGAAGAAUAAUGAAAAUAUCACUUCAGCCUUUGCCAUCUUCGAGUUAGUUACGAUGAUAAUCAUCAGUCUGAACAAUUACAUUUUUGGCUGUUUCUUGAUUAAAGAAGAGUACCUAAAGGGUCUGUAUGUAUUGUUUUUUUUCGUCAUCCUGGUGAUCAUCCUUAUCCUUUGUUUAUUUGUCACCAUUUACCUCAAGAACAAGCGGAGCGCGCGCGCAUACAAGAGCCCCCGGGACGCCGAACUUGUGCAGCCUCUCCUCUGA